AUGACUAGCUUGUCGUGGAAUACUUCUCGCGAACACACUCGGCAGUUCACCUUCGGCGUCGCGCCCUCUUGGAAUGGCGAGAGCAGUCAGGAUAUCUUCUCCUCUUCGCCUCCGCGGACGCCGCGGAGACCGCGCGCGUCGGUGGUUGCGGUCAAAGGAGAGGCUAAACAUACUCUCGAGGCGACAGACGAUGCCCUUGGCGCGACAAACGACGUUGCCAGCGAUCUCGAGUUCGAACCCAUCAGCGAGCUCGAAGCGUCGCGGGACGUCUUCGACAUGUUCCACCUGCAAGAGGAUUCUUUCAUCGAGGGCGCCGCCGAAUCAUCCAUGCUAGAGCGUGAACAGUCCUUCGUGCAGUCAUUCCUCCGGAUGGCCGACGACGACGACACCGACGACGCAGCUUCGGAGACUUCCAGUGAAGAAAACGCAGAGAGCCCACCUGAGGAUACUCGUGCGAUCUUGGAGCAGCUCUUUCCUGAUGCUGAAGGAGCGGCGAAUACCACUGGUCUUGCUCCGCGGCAGCGCUUGAACUCUUUCUCUUCUGCGCUCUUUGAUGUUUCGCCUGUCCUCUCGGCGAUGCCCAGCUCCGCGUCUCUUUAUGCUGGACCUCCACCUUGGCUGAAGGAGGAACAUGAAGGUGCUCCGAUG